AUGGGCUGUAACAAUUCAAGAUAGGGAGAAACACAUAAUCCAAAUACUAACACUUAGAAACCUAGAUUAUAAAAAAAACCAGAAUUCUAAAAUGGAUGCAAAUCCCUGCUUUCAAAGUACCUAACAGAUGAUGUCUUUUAAUAGUUAAAUGGGGUUUCAGAUAAAUUUGGCUAUUCGCUUGCUGAAUUGAUAAAUUCUGGAGUAGUAAAUUAAAAUUCAUCUAUCGGAGUAUAUGCUGGUUCCCCUGAUAGCUACAGUACCUUUGCCCCUUUACUUAACUAAAUAAUUUAAGAAUAUCAUGGGUAUGAUCCAGCUGAUUUGCAUAAAUCUGAUUGGGAUGUAUCAAAAUGCAACUUUGAACCUCUAGAUGAUAAAUAUUGUAUGUCAACACGUAUUAGAUUUGCAAGAAACUUAGCCGAUUUCCCUUUAGGUACCAAAAUAACUAAAGAAUAACGUAGAUAAGUUGAAAGUCUUGCCAAAGAAGCUUUCUAAAAGUUUGAAGGAGAAUUAUUAGGAACCUAUCAUUCUUUAGCAAACAUGGAUAAAUAAACACAAAAGUAGUUAAUUGAAGAACAUUAUUUAUUUAAAGAAGGAGAUAAAUAUCUUGAGGCAGCUGGGUUAAACAGAGAUUGGCCUGAUGGCAGAGGAAUAUUUAUUAAUCAUUCAAAAACCUUUUUAAUUUGGGUUAAUGAAGAAGACUAAUUUAGAGUUAUAUCUAUGUAAAAAGGAGGUGAUAUAAAAGCAGUUUUUGGUAGAUUAUCAAAUGCUCACACAAUAAUAAAUAAAGUAGCAAAAUUUGCUUAUAAUGACCAUUUAGGAGCAAUAUCAACAUGCCCAACUAAUAUCGGCACAGGUUUGAGAGCUUCUAUCCAUGUUAAGCUCCCUUUACUAUCUAAAGAUAUGGAGACAUUUGAAAAAAUUGCAGAAAAAAAUCAUGUAUAAAUUAGAGGUAUUCAUGGUGAGCAUUCAGAAUCAGAAGGAGGCAUAUUUGAUAUAUCUAAUAAAAGGAGAAUAGGUUUUUCAGAGGUUGAGCUGGUUCAUGAUAUGUUUAAUGGUGUUAAAGAAAUGAUAGAAAAAGAAAAAGAAUUGGAGAAGCAUGCUAUUCAAAGUUGA